GGUGUGUAUAAUUGUGCAGGCCUUUCUCCAAACUGUAUUUAUUUUUUUAUUCUUUUUUUGUAGAAUGACUGAGACGGAAGAGCCAUUGGAAAUAACCGACACAGCAGAUCAAACAUCAAGUGCUACUACAGUAAUAACAUCCAAUGCCCUUUCAGAAACAAUCAAUACAACAACCUACAGUGUCUUUAUACCCGACUUCCAAUCAGUCCAACCUUCCCUCCUCAGUUCGACAAAAGAUCGCUACAAUGACACUAUUCAGAACAGUUUAAGAAAGGAUCGGUCAGUAAUUCAACAAACGAUGGAUAUAGAUCGACAACCGCACCAUAACAAUUUCUUCCGCAACGUUAAAUGGUCGCCGGAUGGAAAUUAUUUACUGUCAAACUCUGCAGAUGACGUGAUACGACUAUUUCAAUUACCUUCCAAUGCAUACGAGUCAACAGAAGACCGUACCAUCCAAGACUCAGGAACGUUCAUGAUGGAACCUCUGAUGGGUAUAAGAGAAGGUGAAUCGGUUUAUGAUUUUGCCUGGUAUCCACUGAUGAAUUCACAAGACCCAUCUACAUGCUGCUUUUUGACGUCUGUCAAGGACCAUCCUGUACAACUCUGGGACAUGAAUACAGGUACAGUGCAGUCCAGUUACAGCGUGAUUGACCAUUGUGAACGCUUCAUCGGCCCCAACGUCAUCACCUUCAACCCCGACGGGACAAAGAUCUAUUGCGGCUAUGAAAACAUGAUUGAUAUCUUUGACGCCUACACGGGCGACCGUUUCAAGCAUCCCACCAUUACGACGCGAAAGAAAGCCAAGAAGGGACAGAAAGGCUUGAUCUCCUGUCUAGAUUUCAGUCCUGUCGAUUCUCUUUACGCCGCCGGUUCCUACAGUCAAUCGAUCGGCAUUUACGAUACCCAUAAUAACGAGCUUUGUUUGAAAUUGGUGGGGUUCGAAGGCACAGGCGUCACCCAAGUCAAGUUUGCGAGAGACGGAUAUUAUCUGUUUUCAGCGUCACGACACGCCAAUAGUAUCCUGUGCUGGGAUAUCAGAGAUUCGGCAAACGUACUGUAUGAAUUGCCUCGACCAGGAAAAACAAAUCAGAGAAUACAGUUUGAUCUAGAUGUGUCCGGCAAGUAUUUGUUGACCGGUGACGACAAAGGACAACUGUUGGUCUAUGAUGUGACAACGGCAACACCACACACGACGGCAGAAGACGGUAGUGCAAUGGCUACAGCUAGGGAAACAGAAAUAGAGGAAUCAAAGCAAAGACUCGUGUCAUCGUUUAUAGCUCACCAUGACAUCUUGUCAGGAACGAGUUUCAACCCUGUCUACCCCGUGGUAGCAACUUGUUCAGGGCAACGAAAGUUCAAAAUACCCGAUAGCAGUGAUGAUGAUGAUAUGGAUGACGACGACGAUAAGGAUAAUGAUAAAAAGAUGCUGACGCACGAUGACAGUGUUAUCGAUAAUAGUCUAAAAGUAUGGAAGCUUCCCGGCCAAUAUGAAUGGUAUACUUACGAUGCUCCCACGACCUUGGUGGAGGAAAUGGAGACACUAACGCAACAUCAAGAGAUCAGCACUGUUUGAUAUUUUUGAACUUAUUGCCUACUUUUUCCUUUCCAAAACAAAUUGUACAUAUUAUAUAUGGAUACAUGUAUACCCUCUCUCCCGUUUGCUUUUCGAAAUCAAAUUUAUUGCUGGUCCAACAAUUCGUCCGACAAGGAGCCUACUUUGAAAUGACAAUAAAAGUAUUUCGAGAGCAUUCGCCAGAGAACAAUAGAGU